UUAAUGGACUACACAAUUUCUGGAUCUUCCUUCCAGGAGACUUGUUGAAUUGACUGGCACAUAAUGAACUCGUCUCUUCGAAUCGUGCUCAACACUGGUCUUGUCUUUGUCAUCAUGUUUCUGAUUUUUGUGACCACCUUCACCAAGGUCGGCGUUCCACUUGACAAGACAAUCAAGAACAAGCAAAUUCUUAUUGAUUACAAGGGUGCAAUAAUUUGGGGAAAUGCAACAAUUACGUUGUCAGAGUUUAUAGUCAGGACGGACGAUGAACCACAACAGUGGAUAGCGUUCGCACUUCCAGAAAUCGAUCUGACCAGACUUAAUAAGAUUAACGGAACGAAAGUUCCACUGGAAAUAUACUUCAAGACCUGGACGAUUAAAAAGUAUUCCGCCACGUUCGAAGAGAGGAUGGCAAGGGAGGGCGUUUUUGGCGAAAUUCUUGCCUUGCUGAGGGGAAAUUACAUUGAGGUUUGGGGGGUACAAAUGAGACAUUUUGGAAAUUACGGGGUAACAGGGCUCAUUUUGUCGCUCAUUGCUGCUAUGUUGAUCGAAAAUCAUAGGGAGGAACAAAAAUUAAGGGGUGACUCAAUUUAAUUAUUUCUGAGUAACUGAUAAGCAUAAUGCAUUAAUAUUUAUGUACGCAACGCAAAUACUACUGAUAAUUUACACGAUACGAGAUCUAUGUAUGCCUCGAUUCUAUUCAUAUGCGAGCCUUGUAUUUGAGGAAUUUUGACCCCAAUACUAAGGAUAAGUUGACCCUUGUCCCCAUCAAAUCUAUCGAGUUUUUAAGCAUGUUCCUAAUAAAUUUUGUACAUGAAAUAGUGAUUAGUCAUCGACAAAUGAGAUACAUAUUUACAUGUAUACUUUACAGACGUAUUUUUUGCAUACAUAUUUCUUAGGAUUUCAAGCCUUCAUAUAAUUUUACGAUUUCAUGUCAUCAUUUAAACCGAGUUGGACAAGUUGAGAAAUAAAAAUAAAAAUGUUAAGACUAGUGACUAGAAGUUUUAACGGAAUGCUUUAAAUGUAUGUAUGAACUUAUUUAAUUAUUUUUGCUGUUUUGCGUGACCCGAAUACUUAAGAAAAUAAAUUUGACUUACUCAACACA